AUGUCCGCCCUUCGCUUUCCUAACCUCCCCCCCUCCGAACCCCAGGGUGCAGACCUACUCGCCCAAGAGCGAGCCAAUACAACUUUCAGUAUCCACGAAGUCUCGGCCUUCCUCUACGGAGAAGUCUACCUUGAGCGUCAGGAGCGCCUCCUCUCCGUGAUCGAGAACGAGCCCGCCUUUGACAAGUCGAACCGCUACUUCCGCGGAAGGACCGAACGCUUUGCGGCAGCCCUCCGUAAAGACCAUGCCCUGGUCAAGCUGUCAAAGGAACUCCAAUGGUCUCCUGAGGAGUAUCUCCAGGCUGAGAGCCUUAUUGAUGAGGCUGGACCUUUUGGACUCCAUAGAGGGAUGUUUAUGCCGACUUUGGCCUCCCAGAGCACUAACGAGCAGUUGGAGAAGUUCCUGAAACCUGCUCAGCGUUAUGAGAUUAUUGGAUGCUAUGCCCAGACUGAGUUGGGGCAUGGGUCAAAUGUGCAGGGGAUCGAGACGACGGCGACUUAUAUCCCGGAGACGAACCAGUUUGAGCUCCAUACGCCGUACCUGACGGCGUCCAAAUGGUGGAUCGGUGGACUGGGCAAGGCUGCGAACCAUGCGGUCGUGAUGGCUCGUUUGAUUACGAAUGGCAAGGACUAUGGUCCCCAUGCGUUAUGUGUUCCUAUACGCUCGAUGGAGGACCAUACUUUGCUCCCUGGUGUCAUGGCUGGCGAUAUUGGUCCCAAGUUCGGGUACAAUACGACCGACAAUGGAUGCAUGUGGUUCGACCACUACCGCGUCCCCCACAUCUCUCUCCUCGCAAAGUACUCGAGCGUCAAGCCCGGCUCUGGAGAAUACGUCAAGCCUCCCAACGCCAAACUCUCUUACGGCACCAUGGUCCUGGUCCGUGCCUCGUUGGUCGGCGCUGCUCGCCAAGGGAUGGCCAAAGCUGCCACCAUUGCUACUCGUUACUCGGCCAUCCGUCGCCAGUUUGUUGACAAAGACUCACCCAAGAUGCUGGGCAAGGAUGUCAUUGAGACCCCCGUGCUAGACUACUCAAUGCAGCAGUACCGCCUCUUCCCCAUCAUUGCUGCGGCCUAUGCCUGCUUCUUUACCAGCAAAGACAUGAUGCGUCUUUACCAUUUGAACAUGAAGAACAUGGAGACUGGAGACUUUUCCCUCCUGGCCGACGUCCACGCCUCCAGCUCUGGGCUCAAGUCCUUGACGACCACCAUGGCUGCCUCUGCAAUUGAAGAGUGUCGUCGUGCCUGUGGUGGUCAUGCUCCUAAUGUGACAUGGGAGGGAGACAACUACAUGAUCACGCAGCAGACAGGCCGGUACCUAUUCAAGUCCUUCCGCGAGCUGGUCGCCAAGCGCGCAUCGGGCAAGUUCUCGGCCAGUCAGAUUAACAAUCCAACCCUGGCCUACAUGAACACCUACCUUGAGAACCCAACCCUCAAAUGCCCCGCCACCUCUGCCAGCGCAUUCCACAACCCAGAACUCCAACUUGCAGCAUUCGGACACCGCGCCUCCUCGAUGGUGGCCCAGAUCGUCCAUGCCCUCGAUGUUGAGAAACGGACCUGGAACUCGAUGCUGGUCGAUAUCUAUAACGUCUCGGUCGCUCAUUGUCAAUUGAUCCUGGUCCAGAAUUUCAUCUUGGGCAUUCGGGGCGAGAUGCCUCAACCUGACGGCAUCCAGCCUACAGUCAUCUCUGCGGCUUCCAAGGAGGCGCUUACAGAUCUGUCAGACCUCUUUGCGAUGCACACGAUCCACAAGCAACCCGGCGAGUUCUUGACCUCGGGUUACCUCGACGCCAAGCAGAUCUCGCUCCUGGGUGAGGCGAUUAUGGAUGUGAUGGAGAAGAAGGUCCGACCCAACGCUAUUGGAUUUGUGGACGCGUUUGCGUUCCCGGAUUACUUGCUCAAUAGUGCGAUUGGUGCGUUUGAUGGACGGGCCUAUGAGAGGUACACUGAGAUGGCGACCCGGGAGCCAUUGAACCGGACUGAGGUUGUGGAGGGCUAUGAGCAGUAUAUCCGGCCUUUUACUAAUCCUAUGGGUUUGAAGGGACAUACCCUUCGGGCUCGUAUUUAA